GAUUUCUGCUGCUUCUUUCGUUCCCGAAACAUUAACCCGUCCGUCCUGCAUGUUUCUGUUCUCUCUGCAGCGCUGUCGGAGAGCGUGAAGACGUGCGGGUCAGAAGCUCUGGCUCUGCUGGGCCAGAUGAAGCAGCGGGACGCCCUUGCGUCAGCCGACGGCAGCAAGCUGAGGGCGUCUCUGGAGGCCAUCCUGACCACGGCGGAGAAGCUGCGCCCGCGGGGUCUGGAGCUGCAGCAGGGGGAGCUGGGAGAUCUGGUGGAGCAGGAAAUGGCUGCCACUUCGGCCGCCGUGGAGUCCGCAGCCGCCAGGAUAGAGGAAAUGCUGAACAAGUCCCGAGCGGUCGAUACAGGAAUCAAGAUGGAGGUCAACGAGAGGAUCCUGGCUUCCUGCACAGAGCUGAUGCAGGCGAUCAAGGAGCUUAUUUUGUCUUCGAAAGAUCUGCAAAGGGACAUUGUGGAGAGUGGCAGGGGGGCGGCCUCCAUGAAGGAAUUUUACGCGAAGAACUCCCGCUGGACGGAGGGCCUGAUCUCUGCCUCCAAAGCGGUUGGAUGGGGCGCCACGGUCAUGGUUGACGCUGCCGACAUGGUGGUGCAGGGAAAAGGGAAGUUUGAGGAGCUGAUGGUGUGCUCCCAUGAAAUCGCUGCUAGCACGGCACAGCUAGUGGCUGCUUCAAAGGUGAAGGCAGAUAAAGACAGCGCUAACCUGCACCGACUGCAGCAGGCGUCCCGCGGCGUCACCCAGGCAACCGCCACUGUUGUGGCCUCCACCAAGUCUGGGAAAUCCCAGAUUGAAGAUACAGAAACGAUGGACUUCUCCAGCAUGACUCUGACCCAGAUCAAGCGACAAGAGAUGGACGCACAGGUUCUGGUUCUGGAGCUGGAGACCCGUCUGCAGAAGGAACGGGAGCGUCUGGGCGAGCUGAGGAAGAAGCAUUACGAGCUGGCAGGUGUAGCAGAGGGCUGGGGCGAGGAAGAGGAAGGCACGGGAUGAAACCCCCCUCUUCUUCUUCUUCCUCCGCCUCCACCCGAAGACCUUCUCCUCUCCCCCUCUUAUUUAUAGACACGCUUCUCUGUUUUAUUUUCUGCCUUCCCUCACAUUUAUCUGCUUGUUAUAUCCAAGCCAAAUGAAAAGGUGCUGCUUCUUCUUCUUCUUUUUCCAAUCCCUCUCGCUUCUUCGUACACCCCAGCCAGAUUCACGGAGGUGCUCCGGCAGCAGGCGGGGGUCAGGAUGGAGGAGCGCCGCCUCACUUCUCCGCUGCAACACUCCGUUUGUCUCCAGUCCCCCGUUUUAAAUGACUGCGCAGCAUCGAGGAGUCGCACAGGACACGAGCACAAGGGGCCCAAACUCUCGGAGAGCAGGGGUGGAUCACAGUGUCUCCAUGUAGCUUGGCUGCUGUGCUUGCUCUUCUGUCCACCGAUGCGCGUGUGCUACGUCACGAGCUGAAUCAGCUGAAGGAGCUUCCUCCACGCGGUUGCUCCCCAGUUUUCUUCCUCUUCUGUUCUCACUGUGACUUAAAGUCCGUUCGGCUUCCGGGCUUCCUGCCUUCCACGUCCUCGCCAUUAUAACGACCAGGACUGUUAAGCUGAACGACUCUCAUCCCUCCACUUUAUUUUUACUGUACCGGAUAAAAUAUAAUCGGCAUAAUGCCGACUAUAUACGGACAAUCCACACCCUCAUAAUGAGGGUGUGGAUUGUCCGUCGUCGGAGGUGGAGGUUGCUGCACAAAACACUAACAAGACGUUUUCUUUUUUUUUUUGCAAUGUAUUUAUAAAUCGGAAUGAUACAAAGUUUGAUAUUUCAUUGACAUUUAAUUGCAUCGGUUCAGAUCUGGGAUCCAAUCACGUGAAGAGACGAAGCGCGUCUUCAGGAACUUUCUGAUCAUUUAGAGGAAUCUGCACAAGAAGCAUUUGUUUUCAAACAUUUCAUCACCUCCACAGUA